AUGGACACCCCUGUAAACUGGAUUCCUGGUAUGAAAAACAUGCGCUUGAAAGAUCUCCUAAUCUUUUUUAGCACCACAGAUCUAAAUGACAUAGUCUUCAACUUCAGCAUAAAAGCAGCAGAUAGAGCACAUAAAGCUUCCGCCAUUGUUCUUCACAGUUUCAACGCAUUAGAACCCGAAGUUCUGAACAUUCUCUCAUCUAUGUUUCCACUUGUUUACACCAUUGGUCCUCUUCAAUUACUUCUCAACCAAAUACCAGAACAAGAACAAUGCUUGAGCUCUGCAGGAUACAAUCUAUGGAAAGAAGAGGCAGAGUGCCUCCAAUGGCUCAAUUCCAAACAACCCAACUCUGUGAUCUAUGUGAAUUUUAGGAGUGUUGUUGUCAUUAAGCCUCAAGAGGUGUUAGAGUUCGGUUUGGGACUUGCUAAUAGUAACCACUCUUUUUUGUGGGUGAUUAAGCCUGACUUGGUUGUUGGGUACUCGACAAUUUUUGAACCUGAACUCUUAGAGGGAAUUAAAGAGAUAUGGUUUAUAUUAGGUUGGUGUCCACAAGAACAAGUUCUAAAUUACCCAUCAAUUGGUGGGUUUUUGACACAUAGUGGGUGGAAUUCAAUUGUUGAGAGCUUGUCAGCUGGAGUGCCUAUGAUUUAUUGGCCAGUGGUUGCAGAGCAGUAG